CGCCAUGGUGAUCAGAUGCCGUGGCCGCGCCGUGAGCUGCACGAUGAACAUGCGGAGCCCGCCGAGCCCGCGCCAAGACUCCGACUGGGACAUUAACGACAUUAGCGACGCUAGCGUCCCCAAGGUGGUGCGGUACAGCGAGUUCGAGGAGUGGCCGGACGGUGACUUCCAGCGCGUAUACGCGCCCGACUCGGAGGACGCCAAGAAGCACACCUCCGGCUGGGCCAUGCGCAACACCAACAACCACAACGUGAGCAUCCUGAAGAAGAGCUGCCUGGGCGUGGUGGUGUGUUCCAACUCUUGCGCGCUCGAGGACGGCAACUUCGUCCACCUUCGGCCGGCCAUCUGCGACAAGGCUAGGCGCAAGCAGCAGGGCAAGCCGUGCCCGAACGCUCGCUGCAGCGGCAAGCUGGCCAUCCUGCCGUGCCGCGGCCACCAGGGCUACCCGGUCACCCACUUCUGGAGGCACACGCCGUUCGCCACCUUCUUCCAGGCAAAGGGCGUGCACAGCCACCCGCGGCCCGAAGCCAAGUCGACGGCGGAGGCUCGCCGCUCGGUGGGUUCGGCGCGACGGCCCCGGCACGCGCCGCGCAUCCCGGCGCUGCUGGGCGGCGACCGACACCCGCCAGCCGCCUCCUGGCACGCCGACGAAGUGCGCUACAAUCUCCGCUCGGAUGUGGAGAGCUGCCCUUACGAGAAGGGCGCUCUCGUGGAGGAGCGGAGCCCGUAUUGCAGCGAGGGCGACGCGGACGGGUUAGCUGAAUACAUGUGGGACAUAACAGUGGGACAGAACGGCGAGGCCUCAUACGUGAACUACGCGGCGGACCCGAGCAUCGAGUACGGCUGCGUGUCGGGCGAGCCCCCCUACCUGAGCCACCCCGGGGGCCAGGGCGUCGGCGUGUGCCUGCGGGAGGACACGGGUGUCGGAGGAGCGCUGGCCGGCGCUCAGGAGGUCAUGUAUUAUCCGCUGGAGCAACAGCUGAUCGCCGGCUGGUGA